ACAAUGCCGGCAAGACGACGUUCCUGGAGCAGUCAAAAACUCGGUUUAACAAGAACUACAAGGGGAUGAGUUUGUCCAAGAUCACUACCACCUCGGCACUGUGGACGUGGGGAAGGCUCGCCUCAUGUUCUGGGACUUAGGGGGCCAAGAAGAGCUGCAGUCUCUGUGGGACAAGAUGCUGCGUCCUGGGGCCUGGCCGCCUGCACAGUCUGGCACCGGGAUGCUGUGUUGGGCUUGCUAUCGUUUUGUCCUGGGCGGAUGACCGGUGGGCCUUCCCUGUGUCCACUGCCUCCACCCAGGCUGUGUGCUGCUGCCCAGGGGUCUGUCCACAUACCAGCCCUGGGCCACAGCUUCCCACACAGAGGAGACUGGUGGACUACUGUGCCUGCCACAGGGGGCACUUCUGGCCUCUGUUCCUCCAGGCCACACCUGAAAGAUGUCCAGUGCGUGGCCACGGGUCAUGCUGCCUUGGGGUCGGGGCAGCCUGCUGUGCCCUCAGUCCUGCUCACGCUCAGCCCCACAUGUCCAGUUCCUGUUGCUUUCACCACUGCCGGGCCAUCACCUGACCACCCGUCUGCCUGGGCCGGGUCACCGGGGUUGUGAGUACUAUGCAGAGUGCCACGGCGUCAUCUACGUCAUCGAUUCCACGGAUGAGGAGAGGCUUUCAGAGUCCAAGCGAGCGUUUGAGAAGAUGGUCACGAGUGAGGCGCUGGACGGUGUCCCCAUCCUGGUGCUGGCCAACAAGCAGGACGUUGAGACUUGCCUCUCGAUCCCUGACAUCAAGACUGCGUUCAGCGACUGCACCUCCAAGAUCGGCAGGCGCGACUGCCUGACCCAGGCCUGCUCGGCCCUCACGGGCAAAGGGGUGCGCGAGGGCAUCGAGUGGAUGGUGAAGUGCGUCGUGCGGAACGUGCACCGGCCACCACGGCAGAGGGACAUCACGUAGGCGUGGCUGGUGCCCACGGGUGCCCACGACAUCCCCGAGUGCCAGAGGAGUGCUCCUGCCAGCUCCCCGCUGCCAGUCCCGGGGGUUGGGUUUGCUUGGCUCUCGGUUCUUCAUUUGCUUUGUUUUUCUUUAAGACAAACUUUUCCCUGUGUCCAUACAAGUGUAGGUAUCGGGAGGCUUCUGCUGAGGGGAGUCGGGGCAGCAGGGCCCCCACAAGACCCCUGCCGGGCCUGCUGGGGUGAGGUCUCCCUUUGGAGCUGCUGCCUCAGCAGCCCUGCCUGCCUUUCCCAGGGAGUCCUGUCUGGACACGGGCUUCCCUGGAGCUGCUCUCUGCAGCCCCCCAUGGGGGAGGCUCUUGGGGUCAUGACUGUCCUCGGUCUCCGUGGAGAUGGGCUGGUGUCCUCUUGAGGGAGGGAGACCCGUCCCCCUUUGCUGGAGGCCAGCAGGGCCCUGGGUUCUGGGCCCUCAGGAUGGGGCACGGGAGAUCGUCCACUGGGCUGACGUCACCUUUUGAUCCCCAGCAGGAGGGGAAGGAGCGAGUGUCUCCCUCUCUGAGUGUCUGUGGCCGAUCUGGGACAGCCAGUUGCCCACACUGGGGGUGGGGGUGCACGGUGGGGGCGUUGGGAAGGUGGGCGGGGUUCCCGUGGAGCCCAGGUUGGUGCUGUGCUGGGCCUUCAUUCCCAGCUGGGGGGGAGGGACAAGCUGUCUCGAAACCCGCUUCCGGGCCUGUGCCUGGCAACAGGGCCCCCUCCCCGGGUGAGACUGGUUCUGGGGACCCUCCCGACAUGGCCCCGCUGGAGCUGGCAACAGCUACUGGCUGGGGUGUGUCCAGGAUGGCGGUCCGAGUCGCUGCUGGCCAUCGCCCCUCCAGGAACCCGACCCUGGAUCGUGGACUCCUGGCUGUCUGGGCACAGUGACCAUGGCACAAGGGGCCCCCAAGGCUGGAGCUGUGACCUACCUGGGCACCGCCUUCCUGCUUCGGCAGGAAUGGCUGAGCCAGAGCCGGGCACCUGGUGGCUUCCUGUCUGAGGUCCGGUCCCUGGUGGGACCCUGGGAGGGGUUGCUGAGAAAGGCUGAGUCAGGGCUGGGGGUGGGGAGGCAGCUGCAGGUGAGGUGACUCAUGGGGAUCACGCAUGGGGCUCCAGGGCCCAUGGGGCGGGCUGGGAGUCCCCCAGGCUGCUCGGGAGCGGUCCAGCCCUUCUCUGAGUCUGCCUGAGGGGAAAAGCCUUGUUUCCCAGAAAAGGGGUGGGACGCACCCAGCCUGGGGGAGGUCCUUGGCCCUUCCGGUCCUGGGAAGUCCUGGGAAAUCCCCUGAGUGCUGGGACUGGGUGGGGCUCACUUGGAGGGGCAGGGUGAGGGAGCAGGGUCUCCUGGCGGUGCAGGGCACAGGCCUCUGCUGCCCGGUCCGAGCUGGGUCCUGUUCCGCAGCAAGAGCCCCUAGACUUGGUGUGACCCUCCCUCCACACUGUCGUAGCCACAGAGCGUGAUCUAGGGGUCAUGGAGCGAGCCUCAGGGACGUCCGUGGUGUCCACAGCUGGAAGGGACGCACCUGCUACCCGCUGGCGUCUCUAACGAUCUCUCCCAUCGAGGGUCUGUCCCACUUGGGGUGACCAGGCAGAGGAAGCGUGGGGAGCUUGAGGGCCCACCGGGGAGGGUGUCCCCACCGGAUGUGCCCACCGUGCACUCCGGAGAUACACACGGUUUCACACAACCCAUUUUACAAAACGGCUUUAUAAAAAAUAAACUUUUGUUAGUGCAACAGGA